AAUGCUAUGGUUGUUCGGAAAUUCUUCGAAUUCACGAUCUUAAAGUCAUAUGAUUCACAGCAAAUAUAGCAACAAAUAUCUCAAUUGGUAUUUUCCAAAGCCACGAAACGUGCAUUGAGUUUGGAGCGAUAUCUGAAGUGAAGAUUGAAGACGUGAUAGAAGAUGGACGACUACUGCUAUGCUAAGAUGGCGACGUCCGCUAAAAGAGAACAUGAAAGAGAAUCAGCGCCACCAACUUCCAGCAAAUCACCAACGGAGAUAAAGACGAAAGAUGAAGACGUCCAGCAGCUGAUCGGUAAUCCAGAAGAAGUUUCCCAUCAGUUAGGGGGGAGCUCCACUUUGAAGCAGGAGACUCCACAACCACCCUGCAUUAAAAAGGAAGAGGAGGAACUCUGCAUCACUCAGGAGGGAGAGUGUCUUCUAGGACGAGAGGAAGCUGAUUACACCAAGUUUCCACUGAGUAUUCUCUCUGUGAAGACUGAAGAUGAUGAAGAGAAACCACAAGUAGACAACCUCUUAGCUCCACUAUCAGAUAGUAAGGUUGAAAACGAUGUUGAAUUCUCUGUGAAGACUGAAGAUGAUGAAGAGAAACCACAAGUAGACAACUUCUUAGCUCUACUAUCAGAUAGUAAGGUUGAAAACGAUGUUGAAUUCUCUGUGAAGACUGAAGAUGAUGAAGAGAAACCACAAGUAGACAACCUCUUAGCUCCACUAUCAGAUAGUAAGGUUGAAAACGAUGUUGAAUUCUCUGUGAAGACUGAAGAUGAUGAAGAGAAACCACAAGUAGACAACCUCUUAGCUCCACUAUCAGAUAGUAAGGUUGAAAACGAUGUUGAAUUCUCUGUGAAGACUGAAGAUGAUGAAGAGAAACCUCAAGUAGACAACCUCUUAGCUCCACUAUCAGAUAGUAAGGUUGAAAACCAUGUUGAAUUCUCUGUGAAGACUGAAGAUGAUGAAGAGAAACCUCAAGUAGACAACCUCUCAGCUCCACUAUCAGAUAGUGAGGCUGAAGACGAGCUUGAAGAACCUUUGAGCAGCGAUACAGACUGUGAAGGUGAUAUGAGGACUCACACUGACAACAAGCACUCUGAAUGCUCUACAAAGAAGAGAGGUAAAACAUGUUUGAGCUGCUCAGUUUGUGCUGAAGGUUUUACUAAAAAGAGCCGUUUGACUCAACACAUGAGAACACAUACAGGUGAAAAACCAUUUAAAUGUUCAGUUUGUGGCAAAAGCUUUUCUGUUAAGGGGUAUUUGACUGAACACAUGAGAACACACGCAGGUGAAAAACCCUUUAGUUGUUCAGUUUGUGGCAAAAGCUUUUCUGUUAAGAGGUAUUUGACUGAACACAUGAGAACACACACAGGUGAAAAACCAUUCAGUUGUUCAAUUUGUGGCGAAAGCUUUUCACAAAAGGGCUCUUUGACUAAACACAUGAGAACACACACAGGUGAAAAACCAUUUAGUUGUUCAGUUUGUGGCAAAAGUGUUUCUGUUAAGAACACAUUGACUGAACACAUGAGAACACACACAGGUGAAAAACCAUUUAUUUGUUCAGUUUGUGGCGAAUGCUUUUCUGUUAAGAGGUAUUUGACUGAACACAUGAGAACACACACAGGUGAAAAACCAUUCACUUGUUCAAUUUGUGGCGAAAGCUUUUCACAAAAGGGCUCUUUGACUAAACACAUGAGAACACACACAGGUGAAAAACCAUAUCGUUGUUCAGUUUGUGGCAAAAGUGUUUCUGUUAAGAACACAUUGACUGAACACAUGAGAACACACACUGGACUAAGACCAUUUAAUUGUUCAGUUUGUGGGAAAAGCUUUCCUAAUAACAGCUCUUUGUGUCGACACAUGAGAACACACACUGGAGAAAAAACAUUUAGUUGUUCAGUGUGCUGUAAAAGGUUCCCACGUAAUGUAGACGCAGUAAAACACAUAAGAACACACAAGGGAAAAUAACCAAUUAGCUGUUUAGUUUGUGGUAUGUUGCUCAUAUGUGGUGACAUCCACCCUACCCAGGACCUCCUCACUGCUUCUUUCACAAAUAUCUGAGGUAUUCAUACACACUUUGAUUAUUGGAAGCAUAAUUUUAUCUAACUGCCAACUUUUACUCCUCAGACUGAUUGAUGUGCAAAUCAGAGACAUAUGAACAAUUAACCCCCAACACCCACAACCCAACCCCCACCUCCCUCGACAUUCGGGCAUAACAGGUUCAAUCCGGCCCGCGAGAUGAGUUUGCGAAGUGUAAAAUUCAGCUGUAUUUAAAUGAAAUAAACUGCUGUUCUAAUUGUGUCCACUGGAUGUCGCAAUUCUGUUAGGCAAGCAAAUAGUUUAUACCGGUGCGAGCAAGUAUACCAAGCAAGAGGUACACGGUAAAGCGGGGCUGUGACUCCUCCCCCUCCACCCAACGUAAAACAGGAGUAAAAUAAGCAAUCAGUAACCCCACUUAAAAUGCAGCAUGAGACACUGCACACUGAUAUAGUUCUGUGAAAAUGAUUGUCUUCUGUGCAAAUGUAAAGAAAGUGAACAGUGUGUGAUUUACUGCAAUACUGUCAGUCUUUUCACUUUUUAUUUGUGCUUUGUUGAAAUUGUUCACACAUUGCACUGCUUUUAUUUUUCUAUCAAUACACAUUAUGUCUAGAAGACAGGAAGUAACUCAACACUCUUGAAUAGUUUCUACCUCAGUUUGUAUGGUUUGUUGAGUUAGCACAGGAUUAAUAUGUGGAAAUGACAAAUGAGGUAGUUGAUACAUAGAAUAGUUUUUAUUCAUGCUUUAUUUUGUUUUUUGUUCAAUCCUAGAUGUGCUGUGACCUAAAGUUUAAUUGCUUUGUAGAAACACUGAGAUUAAGUCCAAAUUCAUUGUGUUUUUCAAGGUGUUUCUGAAAAUGUACCAUUUGUUUCCUCUAAAUGUUGAACUAACUUGAAGUGUUUUGUCAAGAUGAUUAUUUGUGAUGUGUACAUUUUUGUGCUUGUUCUAUUUUUGGCCAAAGUAAAACAAAGAAAACAAUCUGAAGUUGUCAUAGUUGUAUUUUUAAGUUAUGUUGCCAUGAUUUUACCCGUCCCGCCCACGUGGAAAUAGAUUUUCAAAACGGCCAAAACUGUCAGGUGC